AAUUUUAGAAACACUGACAGAGUUGAAGGACUUAACCUUCUGACAGAGCUGGGUUUCUGGUCUUGCUCUGCCCUCUGCUGGCUGUGUGGCUUGGGCAAACCCUUGUUUACAUAUCUAUAAAAUGAAGGCAUUAAUUUAAAACAGUGGUCCCUUCUAGCCCUAAAGUUCUAAGCUUCUAUAGCUAUGUAGCAUUUAUUAAAUAAGAUGUUACUUCUAUAAAUAAUUGGGUAUAGGGUUAAGGAAAGCUCUUGAAAUAGUUGUUUUAAAACAUCUGUUCAAAUGUUUAAAACAUUUGUUUUUGUAUUAAGUAUAUAUUGUAUUUGUAUUAAGGUCCAUCAUUUAGACUUGGUGAAUUUUCCCAAAACAAAACCUGUAUAAGAAUUGCCUAUACUUUCUUAGCACCAGCAGAGUGGGGGUGUUACUUUUAGAACUGUUCUGUAUCCAUUUAUUUUUUUUAUUUUUUAUUUUUUAAACUCUUUAUUGAGAUAUAUUUGCUUUACACUCUUGUACCUGUCUCUGAGGUACACCAAAGUGAAUCAGCUGCAUCUACACACAUAUCCCCAUAUCCCCUCCCUCCCGCGACUCCCCCCCACCCUCCCUGUCCUGGCCCUCCAAGGCAUCUCUCAUGAAGUUGAUCUCCUUUUAUUAUACAGCAACUUCCCACUAGCUAUCUAUUUUACAGCCAGUAGUGUAAAUAUGUCUAUGCUACUCUCUCACCUCGUCCCAACUUCUGCUUUGCCCCUCACCCCAGCCCCGUGUCCUCAAGUCCAUUCUCUAUUUCUGUAUCUCCACUCUUGCCUGUCACUGGUUUCAUCAGUACCAUUUCUUCAGAUUCCUUAUAUAUGGGUUAGCAUACAGUAUUUGUUUUUCUCUUUCUGGCUUACUUCACUCUGUAUGACAGACUCUAGGUCUAUCCACCUCAUGACAUAUAGUUCGAUUUCAUUCCUUUUUAUGGCUAAUAUUCCAUUGUAUAUAUGUGCCACAUCUUCUUUAUCCAUUCAUCUGUUGAUGGGCAUCUAGGUUGUUUCCAUGUCCUGGCUAUUGUAAAUAGUGCUGCAAUGAACAUUAUGCUACUUGUUUCUUUUUGGAUCAUGGUUUUCUCUGGGUAUAUGCCCAGCAGUGGGAUUACUGGGUCAUAUGAUAGUUCUAUUUUUAGUUUUUUAAGGAACCUCCAAACUGUUUUCCAUAGUGGCUGUACCAGCUUACAAUCCCACCAACAGUGCAGGAAGGUUCCCUUUUUUCCACACCCUCUCCAACAUUUAUUGUCUCUAGAUUUUUUGACGAUGGCCAUUCUGACAGGUGUGAGGUGAUACCUCAUUGUGGCUUUGACCUGCAUUUCUCUAAUAAUUAGUGAUGUUGAGCAUCUUUUCAUGUGUUUGUUGGCCUUCUGUAUGUCUUCUUUGGAGAAAUGUCUAUUUAGGUCUUCCCAUUUGUGGAUUGGGUUAUUUGCUUUUUUGGUAUGAAGCUGCAUGAGCUGCUUGUAUAUUUUGGAGAUUAAUCCUUUGUCCAUUGCUUCGUUGGCAAGUAUUUUCUCCCAUUCUGAGGGUUGUCUUCUUGUCUUGUUUAUGGAUUCUUUUGCUGUGCAAAAGCUUUUAAGUUUCAUUAGGUCCCAUUUGUUUAUUCUUGAUUUUAUUUCCAUGAUUCUAGGAGGUGGGUCAAAAAGGAUCUUGCUUUGAUGUAUGUCAUAGAGUGUUCUGCCUAUGUUUUCCUCUAGGAGUUUUAUAGUGUCUGGCCUUACAUGUAGGUCUUUAAUCCAUUCUGAGUUUAUUUUUGUGUAUGGUGUUAGGAAGUGUUCUAAUUUCAUUCUUUUACAUGUAGCUGUCCAAUUUUCCCAGCACCACUUAUUGAAGAGGCUGUCCUUUUUCCAUUGUAUAUUCUUGCCUCCCUUGUCAAAGAUAAGCUGCCCAUAUGUGCUUGGGUUUAUCUCUGAGUUCUCUAUUCUAGUCCAUUGAUCUUCCUUUCUAUUUUUGUACCAGUACCAUACUGUCUUGAUCACUCUGGACUUAUAGUAUAGUUUGAAGUCAGGAAGCCUAAUUCCACCAACUCCAUCUUUCCUUCUCAAGAUUGCUUUGGCUAUUCGGGGUCUUUUGCAUUUCCAUACAAAUCGUAAGAUUUCUUGUUCUAGAUCUGUGAAAAAUGCCGUUGGUAAUUUGAUCGGGAUUGCGUUGAAUCUGUAAAUUGCUUUGGGUAGUAUAGUCAUUUUCACAAUAUUGAUUCUUCCAAUCCAAGAACAUGGUAUGUCCCUCCAUCUAUUUGUAUUGUCUUUGAUUUCUUUCAUCAGUGUCUUAUAGUUUUCUGCUUACAGGUCUUUUGCCUCCUUAGGCAGAUUUAUUCCUAGGUAUUUUAUUCUUUUUGUUGCAGUGGUAAAUGGAAGAGUUUCCUUAAUUUCUCUUUCUGUUCUUUCAUUGUUAGUGUAUAGGAAUGCAAGAGAUUUCUGCACAUUAAUUUUGUAUCCUGCUACUUUACUAAAUUCAUCGACUAGUGCUAGCAGUUUUCUGGUAGAGUCUUUAGGGUUUUCUAUGUAUAAUAUCAUGUCAUCUGCAAAGAGUGACAAUCUUACUUCUUCUUUUCCAAUCUGGAUUCCUUUUAUUUCUUUUUCUUCCCUGAUUGCUGUGGCUAACACUUCCAAAACUAUGUUGAAUAAUAAUGGUGAAAGUGGACACCCCUGUCUUGUUCCUGACCUUAGAGGGAAUGCUUUCAGUUUUUCACCAUUUAGGAUGAUGUUGGCUCUUGGUUUGUCAUAUAUGGACUUUAUUAUGUUGAGGUAAUUUCCUUCUAUGCCCAUUUUCUGGUGAGUUUUUAUCAUAAAUGGAUGUUGAGAAUUUGCACGUGGCGCCUGAGGAGGCAAGCUGUCUCUGCGAGCGUUGGUGCAGCUGCAGACGCUGCCUUUCCGACUUCCAGUAUGAAGCGGCCGAAGUUAAAGAAAGCAAGUAAACGCACGACCUGCCAUAAGCGGUAUAAAAUCCAAAAAAAGGUUCGAGAACACCAUCAGAAAUUGAGGAAAGAGGCUAAAAAACGAGGUUGAAAGAAGCCCAGGAAAGACCCAGGAGUUCCAAACAGUGCUCCUUUUAAGGAGGCUCUUCUUCGGGAAGCUGAGCUAAGGAAACAACAGCUUGAAGAACUGAAACAGGAGCAGAAACUUGAAAGGCAGAAGGAACAGGGCAAAAAAGAAAACUUGAAACGGACAUUGGUGUUGAGCUAUCUAACAUGAAAUCUGUGAAAGAGGAAUUUGGGCAAUGCAAAGCUAAGAAAGCCAAGACAAGCAGACAGAAUCCAAAGAGGCCGUAUUGUCAGGAACUUAAAAAGGUGAUUGAAGCCUCAGAUGUUGUGCUGGAGGUAAUGGAUGCCAGAGAUCCUCUUGGUUGCAGGUGUCCCCAGGUAGAAGAAGCCAUCGUUAAGGGUGGACAAAAAAAGCUGGUACUUGUAUUAAAUAAAUCAGAUUUGAUACCAAAGGAGAAUUUGGAGAACUGGCUAAGUUAUUUGAAAAAGGAAUUGCCAACAGUGGUGUUCAAAGCCUCAACAAAUCUGAAGGACAAAGGGAAGAGAAUCAAGGUAAAGAAGAAAGCUGCUCCAUUCAAAAGUGAAGUGUGUGUUGGAAAAGAAGGCCUUUGGAAGUUUCUUGGAAGUUUUCAAGAGACUUAUGACAAAGCUGUUCACGUUGGGGUAAUUGGUUUCCCAAAUGUGGGGAAGAGCAGCAUCAUCAAUAGCUUAAAACAAGAAUGGAUAUGCAACGUUGGAGUAUCCAUGGGGCUUACAAGGUGCAUGCAGGUUGUCCCCUUGGAUAAACAAAUCACAAUCAUAGAUAGUCCAAGUUUCAUUGUGUCUCCACUUAACUCUGCUAUUGCACGUGCGCUGAGAAGUCCAGCAAGUAUCGAGGUAGUAAAACCAAUGGAGGCUGCUAGCGCCAUCCUGUCCCAUGCUGAUGCUCGACAGGUGGUACUGAAAUUUACUGUCCCAGACUUUAAGAAUUCUCUAGAAUUUUUUACUUCAUUUGCUCAGAGAAGAGGACUGCACCAAAAAGGUGGAAACCCAAAUGUAGAAGGCACUGCCAAACUGCUAUGGUCUGAGUGGACAGGUGCCUCCUUAGGUUACUAUUGCCAUCCCCCCAAAAUCCUGGACUCCUCCUCCACAUUUUAAUGAGAGCGUUGUGACAGACAUGAAACAGGGCUUUAAUCUGGAAGAAAUGGAAAAGAACAAUGCACACAGCAUACAAGCCAUCAGGGGCCCUCGUUUAGCCAGUAGCAUCCUUUUCCAGUCAUCCAGUCUGACAAACGGAGUGAUAGAGGAAAAGGACAUAUCUGAAGAAUUGCCGAAACAGAAAGAACAGAAGCAGGAGGGGGAGGACCGUGAAGGUGUCAACACUGACCAGGAAAGUGUUGACGAAGAAGGUGAUGAAAAGAGCUCAGACACGUCCCCUGCGGAAGAAGCCUGCGAGGCACUGCCUGAGGAGUCUCAAGCAGGCCUUCUUGCAAUUUCUUUGUUUCUUUUGAAAAAGAGAGAAAGGGUACAAAUUCCUGUUGGAAUCAUCAUAAUAUCUGGCUGGGGGAUUCCUGCUCUCCUUGUUGGUGUUCUUUUGAUAACUGGAAAACAUAAUGGAGAAAGCAUUGACUCAGCCUUCUUUUAUGGAAAAGAGCAGAUGAUCAUCACGGCCGUCACCCUGUUCUGCAGCAUUGUGAUCGCCGGCGUGUCACUCAUGUGUAUGAACCGCACCUCCCAAGCAGGACGCUAUGAAGGUUUCGACCAGUCUCAGGACCACAAAGCAGCAGGGCCUGGAAACACUGCUUUUGAGGACAGUCCAGCACCGAUAAAUGAACCUGAACCUUUUACAAGUUCUAUCCCAGAAACAAGUUGCUGCUCCUGCUCCAUGGGAAAUGGUGAAUUACACUGCCCAUCCACAGAGCCAGUAGCAAACAUAAGCACCAGUGGGUCUAUGACUCCUUCAUUUGAGAAAGAUGAACAUUGUGUGAGUCGCUGUAACUCCCAGAGCUGCAUAUUAGCCCAGGAAGAGGAGCAGUAUCUACAGAGUGGAGACCAGCAACUGACUCGACAUGUGUUGCUGUGUUUACUUCUCAUUAUUGGCCUGUUUGCUAAUCUUUCCAGUUGUUUAUGGUGGCUAUUCAACCAAGAGCCUGGGAGACUAUAUGUUGAGUUACAGUUUUUCUGUGCUGUGUUUAACUUUGGCCAGGGAUUUAUUUCCUUUGGCAUCUUUGGAUUGGAUAAACAUUUAAUCAUCCUACCUUUCAGAAGAAGACUUGAAUUCCUAUGGAACAAUAAAGAAACAGCAGAAAAUAGGGAUUCUUCUGUUCCUGAGGAAAUAAAAAUGACCUGUCAACAGUUUAUCCAUUAUCACCGUGACCUCUGUAUCCAAAACAUUGUGAAGAAAAGAAGGUGUGGUGCAAAGACUUCUGCUGGGACCUUCUGUGGCUGUGACUUGGUGAACUGGCUGAUUGAAGUCGGCCUUGCCUCUGACCGUGGUGAAGCUGUGAUAUAUGGAGAUAGACUGGUGCAAGGGGGAGUCAUCCAACAUAUCACCAACGAUUAUGAAUUUCGGGAUGAGUACUUGUUUUACAGGUUUCUUCAAAAGAGUCCUGAACAGAGUCCUCCUGCUAUUAAUGCAAACAUUCCCCAACAGGAAAGAUACGAAGAAAUUGAGCAUUCAUCCCCAUCCCCUAAGACCUAAAUUAUAAAGGAGACAAGUCAACAUGGAGUCAUAUUCUGACACCAGAUCUGUUACUUAUUAGCUGUGAGACCUUGGGCAAAUCACAACCUCUCUGAGCCUCAGUUGCCUCUUCUGUAAAAUUUGACAAGACAUGUUCCCACCCUGUGCUAAAAUUCUGUGAUUUCAUGUGUAUGUAAAACACAUAAUAAUUACUAUGAACUAAUUAUGCCAACACUUUAAAACAUUGCUUCCUGCAGUUGUGUGCUGUAAUUUCAAAAUCAACAUCCAAUUUACUAUUCUUUUAAAUUGCCAAAUUUGGCAGGUGUGCUGCUGGGAGGGUAUAGACCUUAAAUUAUGACCACUUUGCACUUAUUGAUAGCACUUCCUAAAAAAGAAUUUUAAUGAUUCUUAUGAGAGGCCUUUUUAUUCUGUUUUUCCCAUUUCCUUGACAAAUAGUACUCAUUAAAAACUAGCAGCACUUUUUUUUAAGGCUGAUCUCUUCUUGCUUUUCUAUCCAAAGUACUAAUCUCUGCCAUUAGGAGGGGAAUAGGAACCUCCAUAAAUAUUAUCUCUAAAAUUCAUCAACAGAAGUAUAGUCUAAUCAUUGGCUUUUGUACUAAAAAUAAUAAUUUGAGCAAAUUCAUUUAAUUCAUCAACAAAAUUAUUGCUGCGUGAUAUAUCAUUUCUGGUGUUUGCACAAAGCAUCUCAGUACAGAGGAUAGCCCUAUUACCUUACUCCCUGCAGUUAAAAAGAAAAAAAAACUAUAAUUCAAGCCAAGAUUUUAAAAUUCUAUGCCUAACAUCCUAUUUUUACAUUUACAAUUUAGUUUUUUUAAAUGUCCACAUAUGAAAAUUUAUAAAUUUGAAAAUUACUAAAUGUUGCCCUCUAAUUAUUAGUUGUCAGUACUGGUUUAACUUAUUUAAAAGAGUUUCAAAUAUUUAUUUGUCCCAUACUUUUAGUCUUAUAUGUAAAAGAAAUUUAGAAAAUAAUUUAUAGAGUUAAAGCAUUGCCCUUUUAAUGCAACAAAAAUGUAAUUUUUGCAUGGAAGCCUAGUGUACUUAACAAGUAAACUAUACAUUAGUGUGUAGUAUUAACCUAUAGCAAUUUUAAGUUAUAACUAGGGAAUGGGGUUUUUCAGCAGAACUGUCUUGUUACAUAACUUUAAAAAAAAAAUACAUGAUUGCAUUAUUAUAACUCUUAGAAUGCUCAGGAGUAAGCAUAAAGCCUCAUUUCUGUACCAGGAGACUUUUAUAGUUACACAAAUAAAGAUAUUAAUUCAUAUGCAUGCAAGCAGCUCAAACUCAAGUGGGGAAUUUGUUUUGCUUGUGAACAAGUCAUACUACACAUAUGUUCUGUUAUUUGCAUGAUGGGAAUUGGCAGCAUCUUUUUCCAUGGGAGACACUAAAAAUCCUGACUCUGAAUGAUCUGCAGUUUCAGGUAAUGAAAGCUUUUAAGAGAUGUUUUUAGAAUUAAGGAUAUGCUAAUUUUAUUAAAUAAAAAUAUUUAUAACUUUCACUCACUCACUGACAAAGCAAGUUUCUCAAUAAAAUACCUAUUUUAACUUGCAUUGCCAACGUCUUUUCUUUGAAUAAUCUGAAUAAUGCAGAAGCCAUGAGAGAGAUGUUUCCUAUAGGUUUUCAGUGUUUCCUUAAAUGGGUCUCCUGAGGUUGUUCUAUUCUUCGUGACCCUAUGGGAUCUGUGCACAGGGCCUUACCCAAUUAUGCACCCAGUAAACACUUUUUAUUCAUGAGUCAAUAUGACAUCAGAGUCCUCACAUAUUUCAUAAUUUUUAACAUGCAAGGUCACAGCUGGGAAAAUUAUGUGAUACAAUUUUGAUUAAAAUCUACCCCUUUUAAACUGCUUUUCAGCAUGGUCAAUUGUUCUUUUCUUUGUUCUCAAUGAGUAAUUCCAUGCCUAACUUGUAUUUAAAUUUCAGUAUUUUUAGAAUAAGGUAGAGUGUGCUUGGCAUUUUAGGAAUAAUGAUUAAUGAUCAGUAAGUUUCUAAAAGCAAAAAAUAAUGUAAAACUAUCAUGUUACAUUUGCUAUGCAGUAGAAUACAGCUUUUAGGUUUUGUCCCCUCAUACCUCAUAUCAUGUAAAAUAUUAAAUUACUUUAGACCACUAAGCUAGGUGGUCAAGUGAUGAGUUAUGGUUGGAAACAGUUCAGGAUCAGAAAUGUUAUCACAGUUUUUCAGGAAAAGAUCAGAUGAUAAAUUUCUACAAUUGUUAUGAUAAAAGACUAAAAUCAAUUAAGAAGAGAAAACAUUCACUCUAUAGAACCUAUUUUGGGCAAAUUUUACAAAUAGAAACUAGAUUUCCAAAAUUCUAGGCGGCAUAAUUAUUUCUAGUAGCAUAUUGUUUAGGCUCCAUGUGUUUGUGUUUUUAACAGGUUUUUUUCCCUGCAAUUGAUUUCUAAUCUCAUAGCGUUGUGGUCAGAAAAGAUGCUUGAUAUGAUUUCAAUUUUCUUAAAUUUACCAAGGCUUGAUUUGUGACCCAAGAUGUGAUCUAUCCUGGAGAAUGUUCUGAGUCAGCUGCAUAAUUAUUUCUAGGGCAAACUUUUUUUAUUGAAAAUUAAUAUAUAUAUUGAUGUUUUCAUCAAACUAGCUUUCUCUAAAAUACUCAGUUUAUUAGAUUAUUCCCUUGGUUUAUUAUGUAAUGGUAAAUAAUAAACUGCAUCAUUUAAGGAUUGACCCCCAAAAACCUUAAUUUCAGCUACUAUAUCUUUUACUCUCAAGAAAAACACAUGAAAUUUAAGAAAAGCUUAAAUUUUCUAAAACAGACCACAAGGCAUUAAUUAGUCACUGAAAUACCAAAGCCCAAU